GCCAGUUCUCUUUUUUUUUUUUUCUUCUUCUUUCUUUCCUUUUUCUUUUUAUUCUACCUUUUUGUCUAUCAUGUCUAUUAUUAACGAAUCCUCUAUUCAAACUACUUUUGAAUAUAUUCAAAAUCGUAUUCCUGAAGAAUUCAAGUCUGUUAAACUAGGUAUCAUUUGUGGCACUGGUUUAGGUAGUCUGGUAGACACUAUUGAUCCUUCCACCAAGGUUGAACUUCAUUAUACCGAUAUUCCCGGUUUUGCAGUCAGCAAAGUACUUGGACACGCCAGUAAGCUUGUGUUUGGCCAUUUAGGAGAAGCACGUACACCUACUGUGUUUAUGGUUGGACGAUUCCACUUUUAUGAAGGACAUUCUAUGCAACAAUGCACACUUCCUGUUCGCGUAAUGAAGCUUCUUGGUGUGGAAACUUUGAUUGUGACAAAUGCGGCUGGUUCGUUGAAUAAGAAACAAAAAGUGGGUGAUUUGAUGAUACUUCAAGAUCAUAUCUUCUUACCUGGAUUGGUAGGUUCUCAUCCUUUGGUAGGUCACAAUUUGGAAACGUUCGGUACUCGAUUCCCUUCCAUGUCAGAUGCCUAUAGUUAUCAUUUGCGUCGUUUGGCCUUCAAGGCUGGUCAUCAAGUUGGAAUUGAUUUGGCAGAUAUGCAUGAAGGUGUCUACUGUAUGGUUUCUGGUCCUUCUUUCGAAACAUCUGCUGAAUCUUGUUUGUUGAUGAACAAUGGUGCUGAUGCUGUCGGUAUGUCAACUGUUCCUGAAGUCGUUGUUGCUCGCCAUUGUGGUAUCCAAGUCUUGGGAAUCUCAUUGAUGACCAAUGCGGUUGUCAUUUCACGUGGAAAGAACGCGAAGAAGGAAGUAUUAUCUGAUUUAGGUUUACCUUUCGACCAUAUUGUGGAUGAAGAUAUCGAUCGUGAUGCUGUGGUUGCCAAUCAUGAAGAAGUCUUGGAAACAGGAGCUGCUCGUGCUUUGGAUAUGCAACGUUUAGUCAAGAAAAUUGCUGAUUUAUUGUCGGAGCAAUGAUAUAAAUCAAUUUACUUGGUCUGAUUAUUAUUAUUUAUUAUAUAUAUAUAUUGGUUGUUGUAUUGAUAGAAAUGUGUAUAUAGAUUAUUAUUUUUUUUUUUUUUUACUUUUUAUCUUCU